AUGGCAAUGAACCGGCUGAAGCGCUGGACAAGUUUCAGUGUGCCACCGAGGGAACUGAGCCCAGCAGAGAGUCUUCAGAGCCAAAUCCGAAAGCAGGAUUUUGUCUUAGGGAGCUUCCUGGUCCCCUACAUCAUCAUGCUCAUCCUGGAGGGAAUGCCGCUCCUGUACCUGGAGUUGGCGGUGGGGCAGCGCAUGCGGCAGGGCAGCAUUGGAGCCUGGAGGACCAUCAGCCCGUACCUCGGUGGUGUUGGUGUCGCCAGCGUGGUGGUCUCCUUCUUCCUGUCCAUGUACUACAACGUCAUCAACGCCUGGGCCUUCUGGUACAUCUUCCACUCCUUCCAGGAUCCCCUGCCGUGGUCCGUCUGCCCGUUGAACGCUAACCGCACAGGCUACGACGAGGAGUGUGAGAAGGCGUCCUCCACGCAGUACUUCUGGUACAGGAAAACCCUCAACAUCUCCCCCUCCAUCCAAGAGAACGGGGGUGUGCAGUGGGAGCCUGCACUGUGCCUGAUUCUGGCCUGGCUUGUGGUGUAUCUCUGCAUUCUGAGAGGGACCGAGUCCACCGGGAAGGUGGUGUAUUUCACCGCGUCGCUGCCCUACUGCGUCCUCAUCAUCUACCUGGUGAGGGGCCUCACACUCCAUGGAGCCACCAACGGCCUGGCCUACAUGUUCACUCCCAAGCUGGAGCAACUGGCCAACCCCAAGGCCUGGAUCAACGCGGCCACCCAGAUUUUCUUCUCGCUCGGCCUGGGGUUCGGCAGCCUGAUCGCCUUUGCCAGCUACAACGAGCCCUCCAACAACUGUCAGAAGCACGCCAUCAUCGUCUCCCUCAUCAACAGCGCCACCUCCAUCUUCGCCAGCAUCGUCACCUUCUCCAUCUACGGCUUCAAGGCCACCUUCAACUACGAGAACUGCCUAAACAAGGUGAUUCUGCUGCUGACCAAUUCUUUUGACCUUGAAGACGGCUUUUUGACCCCCAGCAACCUGGAGCAAGUGAAGAGCUACCUCGCCUCCGCCUACCCGAGCCAGUACGGCGAGGUGUUCCCACGGAUCACAAACUGCAGCCUGGAAGCGGAGCUGGACACGGCGGUGCAGGGGACGGGACUGGCCUUCAUCGUCUACACGGAGGCCAUCAAGAACAUGGAGGUGUCCCAGCUGUGGUCCGUGCUCUACUUCUUCAUGCUGCUGAUGCUGGGCAUCGGGAGCAUGCUGGGCAACACGGCGGCCAUCCUCACCCCUCUGACCGACAGCAAGGCCAUCACCAGGCACCUGCCCAAAGAGGCGAUCUCAGGUCUGGUGUGUCUCAUCAGCUGCGCCGUGGGCAUGGUGUUCACCAUGGAGGCGGGCAACUACUGGUUCGACAUUUUCAACGACUACGCCGCCACGCUGUCCCUGCUGCUCAUCGUGCUGGUGGAAACCAUCGCUGUGUGCUACGUGUAUGGGCUAAGGAGAUUUGAAGGGGACCUUCAGUCCAUGACUGGCCGUAAUCUGAAUUGGUACUGGAAGAUCAUGUGGGCCGGCGUGAGCCCCCUGCUCAUCAUCAGCCUCUUACUCUUCUACCUGAGCGACUACAUCCUCACUGGGACCCUGCAGUACCAAGCCUGGGAUGCCUCUCAGGGCCAGCUGGUGACCAAGGACUACCCUGCGUAUGCGCUGGUCUUCAUCGGACUGCUCGUGGCCUCCGCCACCAUGUGCAUUCCCCUGGUGGCCCUGGGGACUUUCGUCAUGCACCAACUCAAGCGUGGGGAUGCAGCCCCCGUGGCCUGAGCACCGGGCUCCCCAGAGACCACAGAAUGAAUGACGGGGCGCCGCCCAGUCCACCAACUUCCCACGACUUGACAGGGGAGUUGGGAGCCGGAGGAACUCCUGAGAACCCCCAUUUCCCUGAGCCGCCCCCUCAUCCAUGGGGGCGCUGCUGGCCAGGCCAGUCUCAGAGCUGGCGGCUCUCGUGAACGGGCACAGGCGGCGAGAUGAACUCCGGCCACUGGUUCCACAGAAUCAAAUCCAAGCAUUUCUGUUGUUGUCGAAAAGACCCCAAGGCAUUAGAGGGAUUUAACACGUUUGAGGAAUCUAGCGUCUGAGCGGACAUAGCAGGAUGCCACUGGUGUGAACUUCAUUCUUUUCUCACUGGGGUGGGAGGGGACAGUGCGGUUUCUUCUGUCCCGCAUCCCCACCACCAAGUACUAAGGUUGGCCACAAAUGGGGUCCCCCAAGGGGGUCACCGUUCUCUCAUCUGCGAGACCUCUCUACCCACGUUGCCCCAACGACACUGCGUGCAGUGGACCCGCUUCACCUGUACAGAAGCGAGUUUUCUAAAGUGUACAUAAGUGAGCAGAGCAGCCUGGCACACAACACAUUAUUUAUGACAUCGCAUCGGUCUCCUGUCGUUUCAACCCUAAUGAAGUGGGUCAAGGCUCCCCCCAAGGUGAGAGGGCCCCUUCCUGCUCUCCUAUCCCAUGCUGGGUUGAGGUCAGGGGAUUCCAGAACGUUCCUCUGAGAUGUCCCGCUCACCUUGCCUGUAACUUCUUUCUCAUGCUGCGGAUUUCCCAACAGCAAACAUUAGCCUUAUAAAGGGCCCCUGCUUUCUGGAGCUGCCAUCUCUACUUUCAGCUUUGUAACCCAAUGUUUUUAUUAAAAAGACGGUUGUAUUUAAAACGUG